UUCAGAAUUUCGUGGCAAUGUUGGGUUGCAAGUUCGAUCUAGUUAGGGAUGAAACCCCCGGCCUUCGUUGCAAGUUAUGUGGUCCAGGGAUAUCCGCGUUUCUUCUAGCAUAAAUACGAGGUCGUUGUGAGCGCCCCAUCCCCCAACGCCACCAAACAUGCUUUUCAUUGCCUAUUCCCUGGUUGGACUCUGUAUCGUGUCUUUCUUUGCAUGGACAGCGCUCCGUAAUCAUGUCAUAAAUAAGACGAUGGUCUUUCCUCAUUUCGAACUGCUCCGCACCAAACGCAAUGGGAAGAAGGUGCAAGGGACAGCCGUGAUUGCCGGAGGAAGCAUUUCAGGAUACGCUACUGCUCGGGUCUUAUCUGAUUACUUCACACGUAUUGUCAUCAUAGAGCCAGAUCACCGCAUUGAGAGAACUGCGACCCGUGUUGCCCAGCGUGGCCAUUGCCAUGUCCCAUUGCCUAUGACAAUCAUCACAUGCCGGGCGCUUUACCUGGGAUUUGAUGAGGCUGUCGCAAAGAUGGGCUAUAAGGUUCACUCUGCCUUCCGACGUUGGAUAUUCGGCGCUCUCUGGAAUUGGAGGACCACGGCAACACCCCCUGGGCUCGAGUACCACAGAGUCGAAUUGGAGGACAUCUUCCGUAAACUGGCUGUUUCGUACGCCGGGGAUUCAUUGGAAGUUAUUCAAGGGACUGUCACCGGUCUACAUGCUUCUCCUGCGCCACAUCCCGCUUCUAUCUCGGCCGUAUCCUACAGACUUUCGAUGGAAUCAGCUGAGACCGUCACAUUGCCUUGUGUGUUUUUCGCGGAUUGCAGUGGAGCAAGCGCGAUAGCAUCGAAGUUGCUUCCCCAGUCGGGUGCCGAUCACUCUAAUCCUGGUUCUACACAGACUGCCGCAACACCCCAUUGGGGCCCGUAUACUCGACACUCCUAUUCUCCUAAUGCUGUGUAUAGAUGCUUUUAUAUCCCUGUGAAGGACGAAAAGUCGAAGCGUCGAAUUGCCGAGUUGGUGCCGCGGAGCGACCCCAACUGGGGAAAUUGGGACGGGCUGAAAAUGAUGUACUUCCAGUUCCCUAUGUUCGACAUGGACGGAAGCGGGGGAGGACCAAAGGAAGGCAUUAUUAUCGAAAAAAUUUUGGAUAACGAAGUGCUUAUCAAUUAUAUUGGCGUCGGCGACGUAACCCCACCCAGCAAUUUCGCUCAACUCGAUGAUAUUGUUCGUGACACCCAUGAGGAGCUGUUCGAGCUCAACCCAGCACUGAAAGACGUUUCGCUUUGGGUUUUCGAAUUAUUCGACCUUUUCCUCGAGAAUCAGGUGGAUGAUGAGAUCCAGAUACUUCCUGCCAAAUUGUCUACUUCGUGGUACAUCGACUAUCUCUCAGCACCCACACCCAACAAUUUCGUUGCCAUAGGGGAUUCUGCUAUGUUCGUAAAUCCCAUGUUUGCUCAAGGAAUGAUGAAGGCGUUGGAAAACGCCGUCGUCCUCAACACUGCUUUGCACAAGCAUAUCACUGACGCCACCGAUACUGCCAACGUCACCUCGUUGCCGAUCUCAAGUUCCUAUUUCGCAAUGGCAAAUCAAAUCUCCAUCCCCAUCUACGAUCUCAAUCGUUCGUUCGACUAUGGCUACCCAACCACAACACCGCAGGAAGGAGACAGUCUUGAAUACGGUGCUAGAUUCAGGGCGUAUUGGAAGUAUCUAAACCAAGCCAGCCAGAAGAAUACGAUGGUGGCGAACAUUCUUGAUGACGUGAUCCAGGGAGUCAGGCCGGGUGUGGAUCUGUUUAACCCCUUGGUGGUGGCAAGGGUAUCGUGGGAACGAUUUUUUGGUUGAG